AGCCAAGCAAGCGGGUUCCUAAGCGGGCUGCACUACCUGGAGUCCCGCCUCCCCGGAUGUAUAGAAACAAUCGUCUUUGGAGUCCCAGCUGCAGAGGAAGUUCGACCUAGUUUGCUCUGGGGCUCCAUGCCUUGUUCCCAGGGGCUCCUGGGCCUCCCAGUCUCGCCUUGCCCAAGGCGGGUGGAGGCUCAGGCCCUCGCUCAGCUCCUCUGACAAGUUUCUGGUCUGGUGAUUCCCCAGCCACAAGCCCUGAGGCAUCGCGCCGUGUUGGGCCGGGCGGGCGGGCGGGGCUGACAGUUAAUGAUUGGCAGCCAGAGGCGGCAGGACCGGCGGUCUGGAGCUAGCGGGGCAGCCCGCCGCUGCAUAAGCGCCACCCCUCAUCUUUCAGGCGCUUCGGGGGUUUAGGGCGCGGGAGACCGCAGGGGUCCCCAUGGAGGCUACCUCGUCGCCGGGCUGUGAUGUGCCCCGGUCCCCGUCCCCGGGGCCGUCGACAUCCCCCGCAGGCUCUUGGGCUGGGCUACUGCGCAGAGUGACGGCCAAGCUCUUCACCAGAUUUCCUCCUUUGUUUUCUAGGAAUAUUUUGAAAACAAUUGCCCUGGGACAGAUGCUAUCCUUGUGUAUCUGUGGGACAGCCAUCACCAGCCAGUAUUUGGCAGAAAAAUAUAAAGUGAACACUCCCAUGCUUCAGAGCUUUAUCAGCUAUUGUUUGCUGUUUCUGAUUUAUACGGUGAUGCUGGCAUUCCAAUCAGGCAGUGAUAACCUUCUAUACAUUUUGAAAAGAAAAUGGUGGAAGUACAUCUUGCUAGGAGUAGCAGACGUGGAAGCCAACUACCUGAUCGUCAGAGCAUACCAGUACACGACUCUCACCAGUGUCCAACUUUUGGAUUGCUUUGGGAUUCCUGUGUUGAUGGCUCUCUCGUGGUUUAUUCUCUACUCGAGAUACCGAGUGAUCCACUUCAUCUCUGUGGCUGUCUGUCUGCUGGGUGUGGGGACAAUGGUUGGUGCAGACAUAUUAGCAGGAAGGGAAGACAACUCAGGAAGUGAUGUUCUGAUUGGUGACAUCUUGGUCCUUCUUGGGGCUUCCCUCUAUGCUGUUUCUAACGUGUGUGAAGAAUACAUCGUGAAGAAACUGAGCAGACAGGAAUUUUUAGGAAUGGUGGGCCUCUUUGGAACAGCUAUCAGUGGCAUACAGUUGUUGAUUGUGGAAUAUAAGGAUAUUGCCAGCAUUCACUGGGACUGGAAAAUUGCUCUGCUAUUUGUGGCAUUUGCACUUUGCAUGUUUUGCCUAUACAGCUUCAUGCCAUUGGUAAUUAAAGUCACAAGUGCCACUUCUGUCAACCUGGGUAUCCUGACAGCUGAUCUCUAUAGCCUAUUCUUUGGACUCUUUCUGUUUGGCUAUAAGUUCUCGGGCCUCUACAUCCUGUCCUUCUCCGUCAUCAUGCUGGGCUUUGUCCUGUACUGCUCCACGCCCACACGCACCGCAGAGCCAGCUGAGAGCAGCCUGCCCCCAGUCACCAGCAUUGGAAUCGACAACCUGGGGCUGAAGCUGGAAGAAAAUCUCCCCGAGGUCCACUCUGAGGCCUUGUAGCUGGAGGAGGAGGCACACAGCUCGACACUGAAGCCACCAGUAGGGUGAAGUGGAGCCUGUGACUGCUGAGUGGCACUGUGAUGCCCUCAUACUGAACAAGGCUCAGCAGCACUACUUUGGACCCAGUGGACAGACUUUACAGGGAAACACACAAUGACAUCUCACAAGUAGACAUUCCAAGGCAGCCAAAACCAACACCAGGACACUCUUUCUGUGUGUGAAGACCUACCUGUGAUGUUGGGGCGAUGUUUGGGUCCUGUGGGUGUAAGUGGGGAAGCAGGAGGGGCGAUAGAGGAGCAGGAGCAGGAGGAGCAAGGUAGAUGACUGCUGAACCCAGUUACCAGCAGUGGGUUUGCACAGCUGAAAGCAUCUGGGUUUUCUUCUGCUAUGGAGUCACUGUCCGUGGGCCUUGGGACCUUUGGGCUGCAAGUAAGUGUGCAUGUGAGUCCCACUGAGACUUGGCACUCAAAAGGCAAGAAACUUUGGAACCCUCUCCUUGUACUUACAAGUCAACACUGCCCCACUUUCUACCAAAUACUUGUAAUGAGCCAUGAGAAUUUUGUGCAGUGUCUUCAGUGUAGCAUCAUUAUGAUAUUAGCUACCACUUAACUUAUAUAAAGUCUGUAUGUUAACUCUUGGAUAAAAAUGUAAAUGAAACUGGCGGUGAAGUGUUCAUAUUAUUAAAAGACAGUGAUUUCCUGGAAGUAGAGUUACUAUGUAUGCAUUAACCAGCUCCCCCUGUGGGUCUCAUAUAAUUUAAUAUAUAAAAAUUUAUUCAUAUUCACUUUUUUUUUUUGCCUCCAGGGUUAUUGUUGGGGCUCGGUGCCAGCAUCACGAAUCUACUGCUUCUAGAGGCUAUAUUUUUUCCCUUUUGUUGCCCUUGUGGUUAUUAUUGUUGUUGGAUAGGGCAAAGAGAAAUGGAGAGAGAUGGGGAAGACAGAGAGGGGUAGUGAAAGAUAGAUACCUGCAGACCUGCUUCACUGCCUGUGAAGCGACCCCCCCACCCCCGCAGCUGGGGAGCCAGAGGCUCGAACCGGGAUCCUAACGCCGGUCCUUGGGCUUUGCUUUGCACCAUGUACUCUUAAACUGCUGCACUACUGCUGGACUCCCCCAUAUUUACUUUUUAGGACUGUGUUCUGUGAGGUGAGGCAAACCUAUCUGGUUAUAAGGGAAUUACCACCACACAAGAAGUUUACUUUUUUUUUUUACAACUCUUUUUUUUUUUUUUUUUUCUUCUCCAGGGUUAUUGCUGGGGCUCAGUGCCUGCACUACGAAUCCACUGCUCCUAGAGUCUAUUUUUUCCCCUUUUGUUGCCCUUGUUUAUCGUUGUUACUGUUCUUAUUGCUGUCGUUGUUGUUGGGUAGGACAGAGAGAUGAGUGGAAGACAGAGGGAGAGAGAAAGACAUCUGCAGUCCUGCUUCACCAGCUGUGAAGUGACCCCCUCCCCGCAGGUGGGGAGCUGGGGGCUCAAACCGGGAUCCUUACGCUGGUCCUUGUACUUUGCGACACAUGCGCUUAACCCGCUGCACUACUGCCUGGUCCCCAGAUGUUUACAUUUUUUUUUUAAAAAGAUCUUUUAAGAUAUGCUUACUUGAUGAGAGAGAGACCAGAGUAUCACUCAGCACUGGCAUAUGUGGUGCUAGGAGUGAUCCUGCAGCCUCAGGUAUGGAGUCCAGUGUUGUACUUGUUGAUUGCUUCCCAGGCCACUUUUAUGCUUGUGAGUGAUAGAGCCUUUCAUUGUCUGCAGGCAGUAAAAACAUGUUUGUUUUUCUAUAAAUCAGUGAAUGAUUAAGAAAAAACACGUAUGUAAAAAUGCUUGACUUUUGGGGGCCGGGCAGUGGUGCACCCGGUUAAGCGCACAUAGUACUAUGCACAUGCAGCCUGUAGCAGGGACACUUCACAAGUAGUGAAGCAGUGCUGCAGGUGUCUUUCUCCUACUUUACCUUCCAGUCCACUCUGGAUUUCUGUGUCCUGUCAAAUAAAAAAAAGGAAAAAAUGGCCACCAGGAGUGGUGGAUAAUCCUGGAGGCAAUAAAUAAAUGCUUGACCUUUAA